AUGGUAGGCACAUUCAAGAAAUAUAUCCUACCGGAAAGAAAAGGAUUUCACUGUCUGACACUCCAUGAUGUGCCCAAGCCACGUCCUCAAUAUGGCCAAAUUUUGGUUCGGAUCAAGGCUGUCUCGCUGAACUGGAGAGACUGUGCAAUUGCGAAGGGAAUUUAUGCAUAUCCCGGUGAAUGCUGUGACGUGCCCGGUAGUGAUGGUGCAGGAAUCGUCGAGGAAAUUGGCGAAGGCGUAACCGAGUGGAAAUCUGGCGAUCGGGUGGUCGCGAACUUUAUUCAAGACCAUUUAACAGUUAGACUUACCCCCGGAGCUGUCAAAUCAUGUCUUGCAGGUGGCAGACCCGGUCUGCUGGGUGAAUAUAUGAUCCUACCACAAUCAGGUGUUGUGAGGAUCCCUGAAUAUCUUUCUUUUGAGGAGGCUGCAUGCCUACCAUGUGCCGCAGUUACAGCAUGGAAUGCACUCUACGGCUCGGUGCCAAUUCGGCCUGGAGAUGUUGUAGUUCUCCAAGGAACGGGAGGAGUGGCGAUGUUCGGCCUUCAAAUUGCGCGAGCAGCUGGUGCUGUGACUAUCAUCACAUCUUCCUCGGACGAGAAACUUGCCAAGGCUAGAGAGCUUGGCGCCACAUAUGGCAUCAACUACCGCACAUCAGACUGGGCGGCGGAGGUAAAAGCGGUUACGCAUGGCCGAGGAGCAGAUCAUAUCCUUGAAGUCGGAGGAAUCGGGACCUUACCGCAGUCCUUCCAGGCGGUUGCAUGGAAUGGGCUGAUUCAUUCUAUUGGCCAUAUCACUAACAUGGUCGGUGAUCACAAAAAUGGCGGGCAUAGUGAUGCAACAUUUCUGACAAUUGACCCACCAUACAUACUCCGACGGAUCAUUGUCGGUUCUCGAGAGCAAUUCCAGGAUUUGCUGGCCUGUUUCACUGCGAAUUCCAUUCGCCCAAUCAUAAACAGGACUUUCGAAUUUGAAAAGACGCAAGAUGCUUAUGAGUAUCUUUGGGGUUCAUCACACAUUGGCAAAGUGGUUAUCCGCAUACCAUAG